UUGACGGUUAUUGGCAGGAACGUCGCAGGCUUGGACUUUCCAAAUAAAUACCCGUUGCCGGUCGCAUCACGUUUUGCGAAAGCAGGCGGCUACAGUAACGGCAACCUAAAUCUACCGCUCCGCUGAAGCUUUUAAAAACGCGCGGUUUGGGCAAACAGACAAACAAAUAUCAGACUGUGAACAGCCGCCACCCCCCGUAUCUGGAUAGUGGUAGCAGCCGCGCUGUGCUGGGUUUUUUUGUCACGCCGGUUCAAGAUGGCGGCGGCGCUGGAGGAUAGGAGCCGCUAGGACUGAGAGAGCCGGAGAAACCCCGUCUGAAUUCGUGCCGAACUUGUUAUUGUUAAUGUCAGUAAUGCUUGCUUUCUAACGUCGUUUUCUGGGCUCGGAGCGCGGUGCUGAGAUGGGAGAGAAGCUGGAACUGCGGUUAAAAUCACCGGCAGGAGCCGAACCGGCUACAUACCCCUGGCCUUUACCUGUAUAUGAUAAACACCAUGAUGCUGCUCAUGAAAUCAUUGAAACAAUCAGGUGGGUGUGUGAGGAGAUACCUGACCUGAAGCUGGCCAUGGAGAACUACGUGCUGAUCGACUACGACACAAAAUGCUUCGAGAGCAUGCAGAGGCUAUGUGACAAGUACAACAGAGCCAUUGACAGUAUUCACCAGCUGUGGAAAGGCACGACGCAGCCCAUGAAGCUGAACACUCCUCCCUCGAACGGGCUGCUCCGCCACAUCUUGCAGCAGGUCUACAACCACUCGGUCACCGACCCAGAGAAGCUCAACAACUAUGAGCCCUUCUCCCCAGAGGUGUACGGAGAGACCUCCUUCAACCUGGUGGCGCAGAUCAUCAACGAGAUCGAGAUGAUGGAGGACGACACCUUCGUGGACCUGGGCAGCGGUGUGGGCCAGGUGGUGCUACAGGUGGCUGCAGCGACAAACUGCAAACACUACUACGGAGUUGAGAAAGCAGAAAUCCCAUCCAAAUACGCAGAGGCGAUGGACUGGGAGUUUAUGAAGUGGAUGAAAUGGUACGGAAAGAAGCAUGGCAAAUAUUCGUUGGAAAGAGGGGAUUUCCUUUCUGAAGAGUGGAAGGAGAGAAUCGCAAACACAAGGGGUGUGCUUGAGAUGCAACAUCUCCUUUACAAGUACAUCUUGCUGGCCGGCAGCAUCCGUGCCGAUGCAGUAAAAAGUAGAACCAUACAAGAUACAGUGGACCACCAGCUGAAGGAACGAUUUGCAAACAUGAAAGAAGGUGGCAAAAUCGUAUCCUCUAAACCUUUUGCACCUCUAAACUUUAGAAUAAACAGUCGGAACUUGAGCGACAUAGGCACAAUAAUGAGGGUUGUGGAGUUAUCACCGCUGAGGGGCUCUGUAUCCUGGACAGGGAAACCAGUGUCUUACUACUUGCAUACAAUAGACCGCACCAUACUUGAAAACUAUUUUUCUAGUCUCAGAAAUCCAAAACUCAGGGAGGAACAAGAGGCAGCUAGACGUCGGCUACAAAGAGAAACUAAAGAGAGCAAAAGCAACACGACUACUCCGACCAAGAUCCAGGAGCACAAGGAUUCUGGGGGUGAAGAUGAGAAGUCGGGGUCUGUGGCCCUGCUCAAGAAGGGGUCCCCCGCGAAGCCGCGCAAGGCCCGUAUCGUCAACAAGGGCCGCAAGAUGGCCGGCAGGAAGCGCGGCCGCCCCAAAAAGGCAAAUCUCGUCGCCGCCGCUGAACGCAAAGCCAAGAAGAGCCAGUCAGCCCUGGACCUGCUCCACGCCAAAACCGUGUCCCAGACAGCGCCCCCUCAGGGUCAGCAUGGGAAUGCAUACAAAUCACCUCGCAGUCCGUUCUUCCAACUACCUCCCAAAGUGCAACGCUGUUCGUCAGGGCAGCUGCUGCUCAGCCCCACCCCCCCUGCACUGCAGCAGCUCCUGGACUCCAUCAAAGUCCAGUACCUGCAGUUCAUGGCGUACAUGAAGACUCCCCAGUACAAGACCAGCCUGCAGCAGAUCUUAGAGCAGGAGAAGCAACGAAACAGCGAGCUGUCGGGCCGGGUUGAGCAGCUGUACACCCUCUGCCAGGCCCAGAAAGAGAAGACCAAGGGGCUGUUUCAGCACAAACUCGAGGAGCUGGGAGUGAAGGCCCUCACGUACGAGGACUUGGUCCAGGCGCAGAAGGAGAUCUCCGCCCACAACCGGCAGCUGAAGGAGCAGACCAAGCAGCUGGAGAACGAUGCGUCGGAGCUGAGGGAGCAGAGCCUGUGCCUGCUGAAGGACCGGUGUGAGGACCUGAAGCUAGACUGGUCGAGUUUGUCUCUGGAGUCUCUCCUGAAGGAGAAGCAGGCACUAAGGAGCCAGAUAUCAGAGAAGCAGCGGCACUGCCUCGAGCUGCAGAUCAGCAUUGUAGAGCUGGAGAAGAGCCAGCGCCAACAGGAGCUGAUGCAGCUCAAGUCGUACAGCCCCUGUGAGGACACCCUGCCUACCCACUACAGAGGAAAGGGACCCCCCUGCCUGGACCUGCAGCCCCCCUACCUGGACAUGGAGGUGUCCAAGCUGCCCCUGCCGACCGUCAACGGGCUGAGCCCAGAGCUGUCCAUGAACGGGGGCGACGGGUUUGACAGGGGGGGCAAAGCAGAGCUCGUCUCGCAGUACCUGCCCUCCUCUCACGAUCAAGACAUCGUUCCCCCUACCCCCGGAGCCAGGCAGAGACUGCCCAGUUACGCCCAGCCCGAUUACACACGCUUCUCACCGGCCAAGAUUGCACUGCGGAGACACCUCAACCAGGAGCCCAGCUGGGGCCAGAGAGCUGCACUGGGGCUGCACAGAGGCGAGGCCGGAAGGGAUGGGGCUCUGUCUCCACUCACCCCGGGACUGAAACACGGGCAAACCUUCCCAUCGCCCCCUUCACCUGGGAGCCUACAGAGCGGGGCGGCCAAGACUGCUGACAGCAAGGGCUGUAAAGAGAGAAUCCCCCCUGGAGCUGCCGACACCAUCACCAGCCUCCCCAUCAGUAUCCCCUUGAGCACGGUGCACCCUUGCAAGCUGCCAGUCAGCAUUCCCCUGGCAAGUGUGGUACUGCCCAGCCGUGCAGAGAAACUGAGGAGCACGCCUAGUCCGGUCCCACAGACCCGAGACCCGGGCUACCCUGACAAGCUGAGCAGCUCCACCUGCCAGACCAACGGCAGCGCGACGGGACAGAAACUGCUGCACACACCUACCUCAGGUUUUUCUGGCUCCGGCUCCAUGACUGUGAAUGGAGGCUCCCAUCCAGGCUUGGGCUGCUUCUCCCUGGAUUCCAGCUCCCUGGACGGAUCCCCAGUGUCCCGGGGCUCCCCGCCGCAGAUGUCCUCCUUCCUGGUCAUGCAGGCGCGCAGCUCGGGGCAGGCCUCUCCCGGCAGCCCCCAGCUGGGGGGAAGCGAAGGCGGAGGGGGGCUCCACAGUACAGGAGGGGUGCUGCAGUACGCUGACGGGCCCCCCAGAAUCCUACCUGAGGGGGGGAACAGGGAGCUGGGGUCGGACAUGGAACUGCUGGAGAGCGAAGCCAAGAGGAGGAUCUUUUUCUCAGCCUCUGCCUCUUCAGGGGCUCUGGGGGGCAAACAGCCCUCCUCUGCCAAGCAGGGACCCCCAGCCAGCCUGGGCCACGCUCUGGAGGGCAGGAAGCGUGGUAGGAGGAAGCGUGGCUCAACAGGGACCACAUCCAUGGGGGGCUCCCCCAAACGCAAACCCGUCCCGGGACUCGGCACCCACGCCUCGGGGUCCCCUCUCAAUAUCAACUCCAUGGUGAACAACAUAAACCAGCCUUUAGAAAUCGCAGCCAUCUCGUCCCCGGAGAACUCUCUGAAGAACUCCCCCGUUCCGAACCUGGACCAGCCCCCCGUGCUCAAGAGGGAGCGGCCCCUGGAGCUGAACGGGGUGAGACGCUACUCCUCCUGCCCCGCAUCCAGCUCUGACGAAGAGCACUGUGGCUUCCAGGACGACAGCGGCAGCAUGCGCAUUGAGAGGAAGAUUGCGACCAUCUCCUUGGAGAGCAGCCCCAUCAAGGCAGGGGACAGAGACAAGGGCGGAAGCUUGGCAGGGAGGAAGGCUGCUAACGGCAUUGAAGUAUCCCCCUCCUCCUCCUCCUCCUCCUCCUCCUCCUCCUCCUCCAGCAGCAAGUGGAAAUCCACCUUCUCUCCGAUCUCAGACCCUAAGCAGCCCGCUUCGGAGUGUCUGCGGCAUGGGGGCUCUCCUUUCGGGGGGCGCUUCUGUGACUCCGACUCGGAUCACAAACAGCAGCAUCACAGGAAAGCGUCGGGGACAGGGGGCAGCGAAUCCAGUGGGGGCGACUCCCCGCGCCCACUCAACAAUGGCUACCCCAACCAACACCAGAACUCAAAACCAUUCCAGACCGACAAGAACAGCUCCUCCCACCACCAUCAUCAUCACAGCCACCACCACCACCAGCAGGGGGCAGCGUCAUUGGCUGCCCAGGGGAGGGUGAAAUCUCGGGACUGGGAGGCUGUGAAGAGCAGCAGUAGCCAGAACCUCUUCUUUUCAGCGGCUGGGAUCCUGAGUGGAAAAGGGGUCUCCCCGGUUGUGGUUUCGUCCUCUUCUUCGGGGGUCACUGUGGGGCCCUCGCACCCCUACCUGGGGCCACAUUUUCCUCUGGGGGGUGCCUCCGUGUUGCACUCGCUCUUUGGGGUCCACUCUCCAGCCGGGGGGGCCCCUAGACUGGUGAACGGACACGCGGUGAUGGGGGCUUUCUCCAGCUCUGGCCUCGCUGGGGGAGCAGCAGGAGGUAUAUUUAACCACGUGAUGCCUUCCAUCUCUUCCCACCAAUUUGGAGCUGGCUUGAGCAGCUCUAUCAACAGCAGCAGCGAUGCCGCUUCGCUGAGCCUUACCCCAUUGCAGCAGACACAUGCAGCACCACGCCCUAACCACUCUAGCACUGGGGUCCAGUUCCCAACCACCUCUACCCAGUCUAUCCCCCAACACAGCCGGAUUCAGUCUGUGCUCCACACCCCAGCUCCCCCUACCCUGUCCCUUCCCCCGCCCCCUGCUCUCCUGACCUCCUCUUCCUCAACCCAAUCUCUGCAUGCCUGCUGUGGCAGCGAUGCUUUCCUGCCCACCUCUGCUCGCCAGCUCGCUUCUGCUAGGCUGCCCACUCUGCAGCAGCAGCUGCAACAAACCCAUCAUCCGAAAUCAUCUUUGCCUCCUUCGUCUUCUCUUUCCUCCUCUUCUCUGUCUCGCCCGUCCUUCACCGUGCACCACCCCCCUGUGCCCCCUAGCUCUGUGCCUGCUCCUGCCCCCCCUGCCAGCACGCUCUGGGUGACUCUUGGCAUGCAGGCUCCCUACAGUUCCAGCCUCCCCGGGGUCCGCCCAAGAUAAAGGGCUGCUUUCCAGGCUGCCUUUUAUUUUUUUUUUCCCCACGAUAAGGUAACUAAAAAUUCUACCUCAACCCAAUGUGACCUAUGCAAAGGACAGAUGUGGACCAGCGGGACUCUCUCUUCCACUCACUUGGUGCUCAAUGGGGGUUCUGUGUUCAGUGUGGGUGUAAAACGCUUUCUCGCGCGCACACACACACACUCUUACACACGGGGGUGUGUGUCAUGCACUCAGCACUGCUUUCUGAAAGGGGGCGGUGAGCCCCUUCAUGUUGUCCCCACAGCAGCAGUGCUUCUCAAAUACCCAGUCCAGGUUUUUGUUUCAGCCCCCCCCCCCCAUUUGUGUUGUGGUCUGAUCGCUAAAGCUACAGUUUCAGAUUUAAGGCUGGCUAAGUGCUGUGUUCUUUGUGUCCCGGAAAACCAAGGCAAUAUUAUUAGAUGGGGUUGAAACAGCUUGAGGACUGGGGUUGAGGGGCCACUGUUCUGCAGCAGUGUUACUCGACUCGGAUCUGAACUACAGGGACCCCUAGAACUGUGUUUCCGAACCUGUUCUCAUCGAGUGCUGUUGUCCAUUGAGCUGCAUGGUUAAUCCUGGCCAGUGGUUUUGAAAUACAAAGCUGUGCAGAUGAUUAAUUGGGUUAUAGAUUCUGUGCGAUGUGUUCUCCUUUCAGCCUCUGUAGUAUUGUAUCUGUCACCCGAUCUGAAGAAACCUGCUUGCUACAGAGCAGGAUCUUUGGCAAUUGAGACCGAAAAAACCACAAAUGAAGAACCUUUUUGCUUUUAAACCAUGUCCCUUAAAUAAAAUAAAGAAAUCAAACAAAAGCAGUGAUAAACGUCUGGCAGCUGGGUUUACACAGAAUUGUCUCCCGAUUUGUAAGGUGUGCUUUUGUUUUAUGUAAAGGGGUCUUCAUCCAAAAUGUUGGCCCUUAUGCACUGAUCCUGUCUGACACACUCUCUAAAUGUUCACAAAUGUUCUCCAGAGUUUUAAUGUGAUGAGCUAGCCCGUUUGCAUAUAAUCUGAUACACUGAUUCCUUUUGUGCACAUUUUUACAAAAAUGAUGAGAACCCUUUUUUUUAUGCAGUGGAUAAAAUGCUGUACACACACUCCCCUGCGCCGACAGCGAGAAUGCUUUACUAACAUUGUUACCGUGACCUUAAGUGAACUGGCUGCAUGCCCAGCUUAGCAACAGCACAGUGCUCAUUGAGACUGGGUUCGGGACAGGGUUCGGACAGUGGAAACGCAGCUUCAUAGAGCUGUCCUUGCAGGGGUCUAGCGUUGAGAAUCGAUGCUUUUUAUGGCAGCUAACUGCACUGUGCCCUGUCUCGCUGCGUUGUGUGAUCGCUUCUUCAACGUAACCCGACCUCUGCACUGUGCAGUCACCUGCUCAGCUCUGGCCUGAUCCACUGUACGUUUCUUUAUGUACCAGAGUGUUUUUUUUUUUUUUUUUAAAAGUCAGAAAAAAAAGCUUGCUUAUUAAUUUAUUAAAUGAGUGUUUUUAAACCAUUCUAAAUCUGUAUUUAAAUCAUAAACAUUUGUACAUUUCUCUUUUUUUGUUUGACAACUUGGCUGGUUUGUCAGUUAUGACUGUGGUUUGUGAUCGCAUCAUUUUUGUACACUAUUGCAUGAUUUUUUUUUUUUUUUUUUUUUUUUAUUUGCCCCUCCUCAUAAAGCACACACACACUUGCUAAUACUUUUGUAUUGUGCAUUGUUCUCAAUGGCUUGCUUUUGCCUAUUGAAUUUUUGAUAAUGUUCUAACCAUAAUGGUCUUGGUCUAAAACUUCUUAACUUGUCAAUUCACUGAACUCUAAUAACAAUGCCUUCGCUUGCUCGCUCACCAAUCUUAAACUAUUACCACACCCUUAACAAAAAACUACAAUGACCCAAAUCCAUGUUUUUGGAACCUGCUCAAAUUUCAGACAUGCUGUGUAGUGAGGCUCAUCCCAGUUUGAACAGUUUGCACACACACUAGUGGGUGUUUCACAAGUCCCAGAACAGAGGUGAUUAUUGUGGGCUGUUACGCACCUAACGAUGUAGCUUCCUUCCUUCUCUGCUGCGCCACUGGCACGUGGCAGCAAGUGGCCAGUCCAUUUGGCUGCAUGACCCCGCUGACCAAGCAACUCAAUACAUUGUGGACUUCAGCUGUUUGGCUAUGGCAUUGUCUGCCUGGCCAAGAAAGAAAGAAAGCAGCCUGGAGACUUUAUCUCCCUGUUCUGGGAGUUCUGCAGCACGCACUACCCUAGAGAAUGUACCAGGGGUUUGCUUGUAUUGUGAACACUGUGAUAGCUAACUGGGGGGGGGGGGGGUGUCUGUGUUGAUCUGAACAGCGGAGGGUCUAAAUUGUAGCAUGCACUGUGUAUCGUGAGAAGGGUUCAUUUUAGAUCAACUGCUGGUUUAUUUUUAGUUUAAAUCAUUACACAAGACCCCAGGGCAGUAGGUACACAGUGCAACUAGCUGUCUGCAGUAGAGGCAGGAGAGGGGUGUGCUAGAAUGGAACACUUGAAAGUAUGCUUUUUAUAUACCGUGCCCCUGGAGAUGUUUAGGAAUCUGUAUACUGUGGUCUUCUCUGUGUGCAUGUGUUAUUGCAUUUCAGAUCUGUUUUUUUUUUUUGGGGGGGGGGGGGGGGGGUUGUUGUUUCAUGUGAUUGCUGCUCCAUUCUAGCAGGGAAUCCCACCCCCCUCUUUAUAUAACUGCAUAGUGUACACAGUAUAGCUGGGGGGGUUCUGAUUUUACAGACUUUUUUUGGCAGGGGGAAGGUUUUGAAUUAAAACAAAACAAAAAAAGUAUGAGGCUUUAUUUCCUUUGUGGUUUUUUUUUUUGGUCAUAUGCUACUGUAAUUCCAUAUUAACACUUAUUAAAAAUGAAACGCCUUUUUGCUAAAAGGAUUCUCUUUAUAAUGGCAAAGCUUUAUUAAUGAAGUCUGUCAGAUGCAUUACUCUGCAUUAAACAUUCUGCUAAGUGGGUUGGAAUCAGAAUGUAUUGGUUCUGAAAACUUAAUCAGAACCCCUGGAGCUAGCAGCACUGUGCGCACACACACAUGCUAGAGGGUUUGGCUGGCUGGUAAAGGUGUGGCCAGGUACCAACCUGUGUUCCUCUAUAAGAUACUAAAGAAACAACUGGAUCCUAGUACUCUUGAGAGCUUUCUUUACACACUGCAGGACUGGGAUUGGUUGGGUGGGGCUUACAGUUCAGACACUGAAAUUCAUUACUAAUAUUGGUGCUACAGAAGCAGGGAUUGCAUAGAUAGUUUUUUCCAGUCCUGCUCCCUCCUCCUCGAACUCCAGCCAGGUGUGAAUUUACUCAUUCUUAAAUCUGCAUUGUAGUGUGAUCUAAAUCGAGCAAGCACUGUCGCUGCAAACUGGAGACUAGGUGUGUGUGGAGGUGGGGUGGGUGUUUUUAAGUUCAUGAACCUGUGCGGGGCGGAGGAAACUUGGACUGGAGUUAAAAACCUGGUGGUUCACACAGUGACCCGAUCCCUCAGGAAUCCAGUUCCAGAGAGUGUCUACAGCCAGCCCAGCCUUAAAGGAUGUCCAAUACUACUGGGGAUAGAUUAUUUGUAGAGCAAAAUAAUUAUUGUUACUGUGAAUGUGGGGGGUGGGGGGUGGGGUCUGCCUCCUCUCGGCUGUAUGAUUGUUUAUAAUUUAGAUAUUUAUCCUUCUUAUUUUUUUGGUUGUUGAUGUUAUUGGCUUUAUUUAAUUCCAGCAAAGCAGUGUAGAGUACAGGGCCUUUUUCUGAAGCUCUGUCUGAUUUCUUUUUUCUAGCCUGUACCUGGUGCUAUCAGUCCGACUCAGAACUGUGCCUGGGAGUUCAAAGAAAUAAACUUGGUGCUCUUGUACACAGGGAUGUCCAACACCCAAAGGUAGCAAUAUUCCUAAAGCAGGGCUUCUCAACCCCUGGUCCUGGGGAGCCCCUGAUGGUUCUAACUGAGCUCUCAGUCUCUUAACUAGACUCUUCACAGACCUGAUCAUUUGCUGAAUUAGCUUUUUAAAAGUUGCGGAGUUCAAGUUACUUAUAAAAUGUUGCGGCGAACUUGAAAUCUGCAACCAUUUUAAGAGCUGAAAACAAUUCGAAAGGUCUAAUUAAACAACGUAACAGUUGAAUUAAGGGUCUAGUGAAGUAGCUCGGUUGGAAUGAAAAGAUGGGGGGUCCCCAGGACCAGGGUCGGGAACCACUGCUCUAAAGCAUCAACGUGUCUUAUUUUUUAAUAAGACCUUGGGGUUGUGCGUUUCUUCGUUCGUGUGUGUGUUGUUAUUUUGUUAAAUCCGCGGUGCUACAAACAAAACACUGUACCUUUUUUUUUGCAAUGCAACCAACAGGAUAGCUGUUAGCACAGGGAAUAAAAACAAACAAAACUCUUAAGUGGCUACUGUACUAAUGGCGCUUCUAAAUCAGAGUCGAUUUAUAAUGCAAACCAAGUGGGCUCACAAACGGACUCCUGCUGAAAGGGGGUUGGUGCAUCAUUUUAACCAUUGCGUGUGUGUGUGGUGUGUCUUUCUCCACCUCCACACUGACUGCUCAGGCACAUGUGUAUCAUGUGUUACAGCCGCUGGCCGCGAGGACACUAGAUGGGUAGCAGUGAAAUCGGGUUGUGGUCAAUGCGUUGGGAUGGUUAGUGCCUCGUUGGAGCGAGUGUGGAUCUGGAUUGGAGUUUACAGCCCAGUGACCUGCACUACACAAGUGUGCUCAAGUCGGCUGGCUUUCUAGUCUGUGUUUGGUCAGGUGACUGCUGUGUAGUUCUCCCAAGUUGGAAUGAUCAGUGAUGUGGUAAACAUACUGUCUAAUCACCCUGUAUAAAAAUAGAAGUAAAGUUUUGCACAUCAGGCUAACUGUGCUCUGCAUAUGACCUUGAGAAAUGAAUCUGGCUAUAAACUUGAUGUGUGUGUGACAGCUGUUGAAAAUGUGCAAAGGAUCAUAGUGGAAGGGAGGGCUCUGUUUUUCUUAAGAGGCUGUGCAUACAAAGUGACUCCAGAAUUGUCAGCCAAAGACAGUGUUUGUGGGUUCUGAUAUCGGCACCUGUGUUUUUGUCACCAGCACUGAAGUCUCUUGUGUUUUUAUUAUAAAAGUAGUUCUGUUAUUAUUAUUGUUGUUAUAAUUAUUAUUACUAAGAUGAAUAUGAUGAUCUUUACAAAUCACAUCCAGGUGAAUAAUAUUAUUUUACUGCAAGGUGCUCUUCGAACUUAAGAAAAGGAAAAUGCAGCUAUGAAUGAAUUAAAAUGAAAUCAUUUUUCCUAUUGUAAUGUUAGCAUUGACUGAUCCAGUACAUGCGCUCCUGUGAGCAGCAUGUGGGCAGCAUCAGCAGAGAUACACUUUCUCCUGUAUGAAAUGUUUUAUACUUGAGAUUCGGGAUUUAAAAACUUUUUACAGACAAAAGGUUCCUAGCCUUUCUGCAUAUACUGUUUUGUAAGAUUAAUAUUUUUUUUUAUGGCGUGUAAUUGGUUUUUAAGGUAUGUAUUUUAAUGUGUUUUUCAUUUUUGUAUUUAUUUUUUUAAGAAGAUUAUAACUUUUAAACUGCAGUGAUAAUUGCUAAGAAAAUGAAGCUUGUGAGUACAGCAUCAUAAUCGCUUUGAGAAAUCCUAUUAAAAUAAAUAAACAUUUUAAUUUU